AUGGCGCCUUCCAAUGGCACUGCUGAGAAGCCUGCUACCCGGAAAGCUUCUUCUCACGUUGUUCCCGUUGUCCCUGUUCUCCCUCUCAGCUAUGUGAAGCGGCUCCCGAAUCAGCCAGCCACACCUUCCCCGUCUACCCAAAAGGUUGCCGAGCCUUCUACCCGACCUGCCAGCCCCGAGAAGAAGAAUUCCGGCGAUCAUGACGCUACCACACCGUCCGCUGCCACCAUUCACGUCGCUACGUCUACAUCAUCUACUACCGCAUCGAAUAGCAAUACUCCAGAUUCUUCCACCAUCUGUUCCGAGCCUACAGAGCAACCGUUUGUAUCGGGUGCCCCUCCUCCUCCUUCCGGUCAUCACAACCCCGCAUUUGAGCAGCCGGCGAGAACACCAGCCCCUGAGCUUCCUCUCCCCGCCCCACACCCAGCCAUUGCGAAUCGGCCAGUUUUCCACCAUCCUCGCCCCAGUAACGGAAGCUUGGUGUUUGCUCAUCACGAGUCUAACGCCUCCUCCCCUGUCCCUCAUUCGGGUGGCUACGGUUUCCCCCCUCCUGGGAUCGUGCCAUACCCACCGUCUGCCGCUCUCCCAGUCACCGCUGUUGACGCCUACGGCCGUCCCUUGUUGGUAUCACCGACAGUAGAUUCUUAUCCGCCGACUGUCAUAAAGCAUCACGGGCCACCUACUCCCCAUAGCUACCACGGCUCACAAUCUUCCCAAAUUGGAGAUCACAUCUACAACCAGCAUUCGACCAUGAGCGGCACUCAUCCAACCAUGAACGGCACUCAUCCAACCAUGAACGGCACUCAUCCAACCAUGAACGGCACUCAUCCGACCAUGAGCGGUGCUGGCCCGGUCAACGGCGGCCAGGGAGGAAUUCGUGGUCCUCAGCCUACCACCAAUGGUGUUCAACCCACACUUAACGGCUCUGGACCCUAUCAUCCUACCGGGGGUAUGAGCCCCGAGGCCGCGGCUGCAUUAGCACACCAUAUGAACUCGAUGUCGCCUUACAUUAGGGCUGCGCUGGGCGACAACUCGUACAGUGAUUGUACUCUGGACGUGAAUGUCCCAGUCAGCCACAUCUUCCAGGAUCACCCCGACUGCAGCCGACUGAACACUGCCAUUCGAACGCCAGCGCAUCGGCUUAUGCUUGGUCGCAGUCCAAUGCUUGCUGAGAAGAUUGGAGAGGAUGGUGUCCAGGCUGGCGGUGUCUUGAAAUUAGAGGUUCGUGAUGAAUGGAUUCGGCCGGACGUGUUUUGGCAUUGCCUCCGUGCGCUAUAUGGUUGGGAUAUUGCGGCCGGCAGCCUACCGAGCCAAUUACGCUACUGGAGUGCCAAAGACGAGCUCAAAACCGCCCUUAGCUACUGGGCUGCCGGUCAGAUGUUGCUGUGUCCUCGGAUUCGGGGUAUCGCUUCGGACUGCGCAAGGAGAUUGCUUGGGUGGGAGACGAUCAGUAUCGCCGCUUGGUUCGUUUCGCACAACAUGGCUCUGGGACCCAGCUUGACCCACGAUGUGUUCCUCGACAGCACUCUGAACUGGAUAAUCUAUCAUCUUCCCCAGAGCUUUGAUGUGGACGAGAACGCGGGAGACUGUGGGUUUUCUCGGCUCCCUCGUGCCAACCAGUCGGCGUCUUACAGACCAAAUCCGCCUAAUGCACACGUGUCGUCGCGUGUUGCUGCCAACCCAAGGCUGUCUAAGAUCCGGUUCGGAGAUCUGGCAGAAGAAGGAUUUGACGUCGAUCAGCUCUAUCCCGGCAGUCCAUUCACACCCGCUCAGGUCAAUGGUCUCUUUUCUAGGAUAUUGUUGAACCUUCCAUUUGACCUGCUCAAGCAUGUCCUGGAGCACCCCAAUCUCUGCUCCAACGCCGGGCCUCUUCCGCCGGGACCUCGUUUGCGGAUUAUUGAUGCGGUUCGGGCGGCGCGGGAGAAGCGACGAUGGGAGUUAUUGGAAAGCACCGACAUGCAAGUGCGUGUCUAUCAAGAGCGGAUCGCGUCUCAGCCGGAGCCUGUUCCUGUGGUUAAUUUGGCCGACUUUUGGCACAAUAGCUUGGGCUUCAAGGAAGAGACUUUUAUCGGUGACGUGCCAUUCCUUAUUCGCACCUGGAGUCUUGGUCCCGAAGGCAGCGACGUCUAG